AUGAGAAAAAACGACGGACGGUAUUUGAUGAUACACAGACAUGGCAGCGUACGUGUGCACGAGAUUUUGUAUAAACAAAUUUAAAGACUCAGUUAGAUUUAUUCCGCGACGGUAUCGAGUUAAAACAAAAUGGGCAGCAACGAGGCCCAAGUUUCCAGCCACUGAACUUGCUCUGCACAGCUUUGACAAAACAUAUAGUGUACAGUUCGGGGACUUGUGGCCCUCUAUUCGUGUUGCCAUGCUUUGUGAACAAAAAUAUGGAGCGCUAAUAAACAGCUUCUCUUCAGCAUCUGGGGAAAUCACAGAUUUAGAAGCUGAAGGGUGUAGAGACUUCAUAACUAUUGACUGUUCUAGAAAUGAGGUCCAUAAGUCCUCACAGGACCCCACAACCCCUCACAACGAUUCGACAGAUGUGGAAUCAGCUCCUCUUCAAACCAGUAUAACUCCUGAUAUUAAAUGUCUUGUUUUCCCCCGAGGAGACAUAUCUAGAUUUAAGCCAGCAAGACCUGACAGCAGUGGUAUUUUGGGCUAUUAUCUUCUGGAUGCUGCUUCCGUGCUGCCUGUACUAGCGCUGGACGUCCGGCCUGGACAAACAGUGCUGGAUCUGUGUGCGGCUCCUGGAGGAAAAACCCUUGCUCUCCUGCAGGCACAUUCAGUCAAUCACUUGUGGGCAAAUGACUUAUCAGUUUCCCGCACUGGUCGAUUGCGCAAGAUUCUUCAGAGCUACGUGCCUAAAGAGUUUCUGGAUGAAGAAAAUAUUCACAUCACUUGCAUUGAUGGUCGGGAGUUAGGGAUGAGAGAGGAGAAGAGCUUUGAUAGAGUGCUGGUCGAUGUUCCCUGCACAACAGACAGACACUCUGCAGUCGUGGAGGAGAACAAUAUAUUUAAGAGGUCCAGGACCAAAGAGAGACAGAAGCUUCCACUCUUGCAAAUCCAGCUUCUUGUGGCUGGCAUCCAGGCUGCGCGGCAAGGAGGGCUGAUAGUCUACUCUACGUGUUCCCUGUCCCAGCUGCAGAAUGAGUGUGUGGUGCAACAGGCUAUCAGUGUCGCUCAGGAAGAGUUGGGGAUUACAGUGCAGGUUCAGGACCUCAGGUGGUUCACUCAGCGCUUUUCUGACACUUUCCACUUUGCGCCACAGUUAAGUGUCGGGGAACUGGUUUUACCACACCUGUGUGCCAACUUUGGACCAAUUUAUAUGUGUAAAUUACAAAGAAUGAAUUAGAGCAAUUUUAAGAUGAGCUCCGUUGUUGUUUUUUGCUGCCCCCUAGUGACCAGACAUGGAACUUUCAAACGUUUUACUUCUUUAAUGAAGAAAAAAUAGCAAAUGAUGUGAUCAUUUUGUUAAUUGUAAGUUAUUAUCAGUUAUAUAUUAAACUUAGAUAUGAUGCAAAAAA